AUAUCAAUCAAUAAAUCAAAAGAAACAGGACCGAUUCCAAUCGGUUCGACUGUUUCGCGUGCGUACGCUUGUGUUCCGUUCCGGCCGGCCGGCCGGCCGGCGGCAAGAAUCAAUCGAGUCACGCUGCUUGUGUACUACGUACGUGCCUUGUGGUCUCUACACAAGCUAGCUACUCGACCGAUUAGAGGAAAGGAACUUCCUUAUGUUCGUCGUCCAGAAAGCACUCGGCGUUGGGGCUAUGAGUUUGGCUGAUGAACAGGAGUUCGCAAGUGCACCUCUCGCCACAGAUAGGCGCAGCAAAAUCUUUCCUCCCGCCAGCCCUCCAUCUUACUCCGAGUCCAAGACCAAGCCCACCUCCAUAAUGGCAGAGCCCUACGAGAUCCGUGCUGCCAUGAUCGCUGAAUCCGAGAAAAGGUCGUAUGUGCUCAAGAUAGACGGAUACUCAAUGGCCAACGCGCUGCUCAAGAACGGGGAGUGCAUGACUUCCGCCCCGUUCAGCGUUGGAGGCCACAACUGGGUCGUGAGAUAUUACCCCAACGGCUAUCCUAAGCACUGUGACAAUUAUAUCUCUCUCUAUGUACAGCUUGAAGCUGCCGAUGCCGAUGCCGAGGACGUGAAGGCCAAGGCCAAAUUGAAGCUCAGCCUACUCGACAAGAAUGCAAAUCCGGUGCCUUGGUACUGCCGUACCAUCCCUCUACACACCUUCUCAAGGAGGGCUCCAGACCGUGGCUGCCAUGACUUCAUCUACAAGGCUGGCCUUGAGGUAUCGCCGCACCUUAGAGACGAUUGUCUCACCAUCAGGUGCGAUGUCACCGUCGUGAAGGACAUCGACCAAGAAGCAAGGAUUCCUCCAAGUGACCUGCACCGGCAUCUCGGGGAUCUCCUACAGAGCAAGGAUGGAGCGGACCUGACCUUUCAUGUCGGCGGACGGACAUUCCCGGCUCACAGGUGUGUCCUCGCUGCUCGGUCAUGCGUGUUCAAGGCGGAGCUCCUCGGUGCCAUGGCGGAGAGUUCCUCUAGUACUAUUGAAAUUCGUGACAUGGAACCUGAUGUGUUUGAGUACUUGCUCCAUUUCAUAUACACCGACUCGGUUCCUCUACUUGAUGUGGUGAUGGCCGGGCAUCUACUCGAAGCGGCUGACAGGUACGACAUCGGUAGGCUGAAGGUGAUAUGCGAGGAGAAAUUGUGCAGUCACAUUGAUUCCAACAUGGUGGCGACCAGCUUGGCUUUGGCCAAGCAGCAUGGUUUCCGUCGUCUCAAACAAGCGUGUUUGCAGUUCCUUGCUUCUCCCUCCAAUUUGAAUGCUACGAUAGCAAGUGAUGGCUUUGAGCAUCUGCUAUCCAGCUGCGGCUGGUCUGUUUUUGAGGAGCUGAGAGAUAGAACCAUCCGGCUGAAUCCUAAAAGGGAUAUUAUCACGACAUUCCGGAAGUAAUGCUUUCCGUAGUAUAUAUUAUCUAUGUUAUCCAAUUUUUUUAGUAAUGAUUAUGCUCUCCAUGUAUUUUCUUUUCAAAAAGAGAAUAAUCCUCGGUCUCUGCAUCGGUCGAUGGACACCAUCAUUUUUAUCAAAUUGUUCAACAAAGCCUUAUAUAAAAUAACUACAUGAAUCAACUCAAAGCCA